UAAGGAAGAGGUCAAAUACGCUGCUAGAGUUAGAAAAACAUGAGGCUGUCUCCAUGAAAGAAACACAGGUAGACAAUUGAGUUACUGUAGACGACGUAAUUUACACUAUAGAUUUUUCUAUUGUGAAAUAAGUGCGGCGCUGUUGUUGGGGUGUAGUUCAUCUGUGUCGCACUAACGUUAGUAGGCAGUAAACAGGGAUAGCUAAUGCUAACGUUGUAUGUCGCGUGCUCGUAGACAGCUCGAUAAUUAGUUAACGUUACAACCAGAAUAAAAUCACGAGUUUUUGCUUGCCAAACGACCACACUAUCUGUGUAAAGGUAAUGCAUUGCGCAUCUCAGCAGACUAUUAGCUUUGGCUGUGAAAUUCGUUAGCUGGCUAACGUUACUGAACUUUGCUGACAUUUAUUUUGUCUUUGGGAACUUGUCACGGUUUUAGCUGUCAUGUUUCACUCCGUUCCCCGUCGUCCGAUCUGCGAGAUCGGAGUAAAUACAAUGAGGCUUCCGAGCAGCAGGUCGUUCAGGCGAACUGUCGAGGAGGGCAGAGGAAAGCUUGAGAGAGUCCCAUGGCUGGGCAGGGGCAUGGGCCUGCUGUUGUCCUGGCUCCAGAGGGCAAGCGUCGGUGCCAGUGAGGUCGCGGGAUCUGCCCAAAAGAGGAAGGGCUUGCUCUCCAUUUUUGCGGACCACUGCAGCUUUGUGACGGGACAGAGGCUCCGGCGCGCUUGUCAGAUCGGCGAGCUUUACUCCAACCUGUACUCCGAGCGGACCAGGUGGACCCUGGUUGGGAACAUAUGGCGCAGAUUUCAAAGCAAGCACGCCCCAACUGGGAGACUUGUAGCGGCCCUGGUUGGUGUCUUCAUGUGGGAGAACGAGAAGAUCCAAGAUGAGGAAAUUCGCAGGUGUGGACUUGAGAUUCAGGCCCUGGAGGCUGUAAAAUGUUUAAACACAGCUUCUGGGACAGUGGCCGGGCACAUGGAACCUGGCUGGGAGGUUGUGAUGGAGAAGAGGGACUUCAAAGUGUGGAAGCGCCCCAUACCCAACAGUCACCUCUAUGAAUACAAAGUGUUGGGCUCCUACAAUGAUGUCACCCCAAGGCAGUUCUUCAAUGUACAGUUGGAUACAGAGUACAGGAAGAAGUGGGAUUCUCUGGUUAUCAAGCUUGAAGUGGUGGACAGAGAUGUCAGUACAGGCUCUGAAGUUGUACAUUGGGCAACACACUUUCCUUAUCCCAUGUACUCGAGGGACUAUGUGUAUGUGCGCCGCUAUGAUGUUGAUGUAGAGAACAACCUCAUGAUCCUGGUAUCCAGAGCCGUGCAGCAUCCCAGAGUCCCAGAGACUCAGGACUUUGUGAGAGUCCAUUCAUACCAGUCAAAGAUGGUCAUACGUCCGCACAAGUCCUUUGAUGAGAAUGGAUUUGAUUACCUGCUGACCUAUAGUGAUAACCCUCAGACUGUCUUUCCCCGUUACUGUGUGAACUGGAUGGUGUCAAGUGGUAUGCCUGAUUUUCUAGAGAAGCUACAUACUGCUGCAUUGAGGGCCAAGAACUUGGAAGUGGGCAUCCACGACUACGCAGCUGUGAUUAAAUCAAGUGACACCAACCGCCAGCCGAGCCAGGAACGCCUGAGUGGAGAAAACCAACACGCAGGUGGUCCUGGACAGAUCUACGCUUGAGAUGGAUAUUUUAUAGACCGGGGGUUAUAUUGGUGUGUUGUCACUUGCACUUGAACCCAAAUUAAACCCUCCAGCCAGAACCUUUUGGGUACAGUACACUGAGUGAACUGCAAAUGGAAGUUGCAACCUACAUUACACAAAUAUACAGUAUGUCCAUCCAUAGACAUUUUUAUAUUGGUUGUAGAUGUGAUGCCAGAAGAAUAAUGGACUUUACUGGUGACAGCAUAUUGGAGAAAAUGUUGCCAUGGAAAUUUUCAUUCAGGCUGCUGGCAUUGGCACUAUUUUUGCUUAGCCAGGCAAUGACGUGGCAUUUCUUGCCUCCUUUGGUAAUGAUGCAUGUCUUAGAACUGUUGGUAAGAUAGAGCCAAAAAUUCUUAAUUGUAGAGAUGCUUUUGCCAAAGCACUGUUCUCCCAUUUUAGCGUUCUUGUCUUGUAUUCCAUUGUUGACAAGCCUUGACUUCAAAGGCUGUUCAGACCGCCGGCAGCUGCAUGACUGUAUUGGUGUCUGGUGUGAUUUUUGGCAAGAUGUUGAAAUGGUUGUGCAGUAUUGGGCAUAGAACAGCCAGCGUGACUGGCUUCCGGUCAACGUUAUCACUGAAACUUAAAACUAUGGCCAAGAUUUCUGCACUGACAAACUCAGGCCUCUGUGGGUAACAUUUUCUAAUGUGUCUGUUUCUUCAUUUCAUGGAUUUAGAGUAACUGGUUGGGGGUGAUUGAUCGUUACAUGACUGGACAGGUGGAUGGACUAAAGAACAAACUAACAAAAUUAUGUCAUUAUUAGAAAAUUUGUCCGCAGAAUGGAAAAUGAAAUGGCUUGUUUUUGGUAACGGCGGCGUUUCGCUGUCGGCACAGUUGAGGUUUCACGCUGCCCAUAUGACCGCGUUUGUUCGAAACUGCCAGCAUUGACAAAACAGCCUUCUGAAGAUAAACCAGUCCUUCAGCAUUUGGGGCAUAGUGUCUUAUAAAAACCACAUAAAUCCUCAGUUACAAUGGUACUGAUACGCUUUAGUUUAGUACUACAGGCAAAGCAACCCUAUGGAGACAUAUUUUAAUAAACCCAAUGCCCAUUUUAGAGAAAUGUAGAGUACUUGUGCCACAUCACAAUCCAUUUACAUUUCAUAUGAGUUAAAGUUGUAACAUUUCAGCUGAGAAAUUCUUUUGUUUUUCUGGUGUUCACAGUAGUUGUAGCAGACGUCACUAAAGUUCACACUUGCAAUUGGAGUUGUGUGUGUGUGUUCUGUGUGUUACUGUAGAUCUUGUACAUUCAUAAGACCAUUUCAUGAGUGCUGGAAAUUGCUGUUCGAACUAAAACAUGGUUCUUCAGUUUCUGGUAUUAAUGUGGAUCCUACUGAAACUUUGUAGAUUUCAUCCUUCCACAUCACCCAUGUUGCUUUUGUAAUUAACUGUCCGCAGGGGGUGUUGUGAAUGUACAAAGAGCACCACAUGCUUUGGAAUAAAACAUUGCCUAAUAAAGUACACUGUUUACAGCCCGACAUUUGUGUUUAAAAACAUCUCACCUUGUACUAAAAUUUUGUAAAAUUUGUUGUAAGUGGUACAACAGAGUGAAUCAGCUGCAGUAACAAGUUAAAGCAGGACAGUGGGAUCCACUUUUGUGAUGGGGUUUCCCAGAAGUAUUGAGUAUUAGUAUAUUCCCAGUGUCAAAAAUGUGUGAACUUCUAUUAAGUAAUGGCCUGUAACAAAAUGGCAGUGUAGGAUGUGAGGUACACUAGAUAUGUUGAAAGUGUGAGGGAGGAAAUGAAAUGCUUGUUUUUGACUUUAAUAACCCAAUUUAACAUUAUGCAACAUCUGCUAAUGUUCAGCUUGCGAAUGUAACAUUUUACUGCUCUCUCAUUUGCGUGCCACCUGCAGCAGUGUAAAAGACUCGUCACAUACUGUUUUUGUUUUUCCUUUCUGCAGGAAGUAUAAUAUUUGUGAUUAGCUGUCACGUGAAUUUAGGAUCAAAAAAAGAAAAUGUGCAAAUGAGCUGAUGCACUUGUUUCCCUGUGAUUUCAAGAAUGUUUGAAAUGGAAGAGUGACUAAUCAGAUCAAAUAAACAGAUCUUCUCAUGUC